AUGGUGAUCAGUCCUGAGCGAAGAGGAGACCAGAUGGUAUGGGUUGGAACUACUAACGAAGUCUAUUCAGUUCGUAGUGGGUACCACCUUGAAUCAUCCAUGUUGGAAAGGGAAGCAGGAACCUGUUCUAAUAACAGCUACAUCAUAGAGUUUUGGAGGGAGGUUUGGAAUGUACGAGGUCCUACUGUGGUGCUCAUGUUCUUGUGGAAUGCCUGUCACAACAUUCUGCCAACUAGAGAGAAUCUAUACAGGAGGGGUAUUUUGCAGGAUCCACUUCGUCUCAUUUGUUGGUUGGAGACGGAAUCGUUGGGCCACACCUUGUGGAGUUGUGCUUCCGCACAAGAUGUCUGGCUUGAAUAUGAACUGCAAUUUUUUUCCGUCUCCGCAAGACAAAUUUGGCAUUGCCGUAACAUUGUGGUCCAAGGGGAAGUUUUGACAUCUCUGGCGGCGGUUGUACGCGCAGCACAAGAGCAGGUCCAGGCGCACAACCAAGAUUUGUUGGAUCGGCAAGUAGGAGUUACGUCGAGGGUGAGACCCAUAGACAACACUUGGCAAAAACCUCCCGAAGGUUAUGUUAAAAUAAAUUGGGAUGCAGCUGUUGAUACACCUAGGAAAAGGAUGGGAAUGGGGAUUAUAGCCAAGGACCAUGAAGGGAAGACUCUAGCAACUCUAAGUUCAACACAGAGAUAUAUCAUGGACCCAGCCACAACGGAGGCGAUAGGAUGCAGAUCAAGAGUCACGCUGCAUCAUAAUAGUUACCUAGAAGGCGAUGGAACUCGGGCACUGGUUGGGGAGGAGGCACGUGAUCCUGGAGGCUGUAGUCAACAUUCUCAACAACGAAGAAAAAUGGAUGGGUGGCUAUGGGGCAAUGGUGCACGGGACGAAAAUCCUGCUGUCCAGAUUGUUGGAAUGGAGGGUGCUUCAUAUAACAAGGAAUUGAAGGGGAAUUCAGUGGCCCACUGUUUAGCUAAGUUGGCAUUUACACUAUGCCAAGAACAUAUUUGGCUUGAGAAUUUCCCGUCUUGUAUUAACGAGCUUGUACUUGAUAGGCAAGUUUCUCAUUGA